UACGGACCAGGCCACACAUCACGUCUAUACAGACGCAUCUUUGUACUCCAAGUCUCCCGAGCUGGCGGCGUUCGCGCUGGCCCACGUCAUGCAGGACUCCACGGGGUUUGCGUGCCAGGGCUAUGUGGCGGCACGAGCGGUGACAUCUCACUCCUUCGACAGCAUGGCUGAGCAGACCCACAGCACCGAGGUUGAACUUUUAGGCGUUGUCUGGGCGGCGAUCUUCUCUCUUCAGUUGCCCAUGGAUGAGCAGGUGUACAUCAUCUGCGACAAUAUGGCGGCGGUCGACAAAGCUUUGAGUCGUGUGCGCUUGGUUUCCGAUUUGGACAAGAUGGCUGCCACUGUUCUCAGCGACGUGCAGCGUGUACGACCGUUGUCGGUGGUGCAGGAGCCAGGUCACAAGGACUACCCAUGGAAUGAAGCUGUCGACUCGAUAUCCAGGCAUUUUACCAAAGAAUCCAAUGUGCCACCAGACCUACCGCAGGUCACAGAGGUGUCAGGAAGCGUCGGGCCAAAUGAUUCAUUAGAUUUCAACGGAUGUGAGCUCCAGAAGAUUUCAAAUCAGUACAGCAUGAAGAUCACGAACACGCUUAUCCCUCACGAACAUCCUGAAACUUUCCGAGCGAAGUGCGGCACACUGCAUAGACUGGACUACAUCGUACUGCAGGACAGCAUCCAUGAUUGUGCGAAGACCUGCUACGUUAUGACCGACUUGGAUUUUGGUGGCAAAUCCCCUGAUCACUGGCCAGUUGUUGUCACUAUUGAGGCUGCAAAAUAUUACUCGACACCUGAAGCAGGGAGAAAGAGGCUCGACAGGCAGAAGCUAGCGGAUCCUAUCAGGCAAAACAAAUUCCGACAAGCUCUCCUGGUGAUGCCAGUGGCGCCGUGGACCACGGACAUCAAUCAGCAGGUUGAUGACUUCAAUGCCAAGAUCAACCAGCUCACAGAUGAGUUGUUUGCCGAGGGCCGCUUUUCUCCUAGGAAGCCCUACAUCAAGACAGGCACUAUGGCCCUCAUCAGACUACGCAGGUUGCUGCGAUUUAAUGGCAAGCAGGCCAAGAGAUGCGACCACAAUCUCCUGCCCCAGAGAUUCAAGCAAGACGGCUCUGCUAUCGCCUCCGAGCUGGAGUGGGCUGAGGCCCUGAGGUCUAUCUCAAUGAUUCCGUCUCCGUCAUGGCUUGCUACCAGAUUACGUGGGGUCAAAGCCCACCGCGCACCUGGCCAUGAUCUAGUGCAGAACGCUGUCCUCAAAGCUGCGCCUGAGGCUGUUUUGCCGCAUGUUCUGGCGAUCACAGCCAAGACUGGGCCUCUGGUGCAGGAGGCGGCCAUGCACAAAGCAGGACUGGCUUGUGGGCUCCACAAGGGCAAGAGCGGCAAGAUGACGGCUGAGAUGUACCGCUCGAUCAUGCUGAACUCUGAUGUGAUCAGGCACCACCACGCAUUUCUUCGAGCAGCCAUGUCGGACUGCAUCAAGAUACUCAUGGUGGACUCGCAGACUGGUGGUAUCAAGGGCCGCCGUGCAGGUAUGGCUUCUCAGAUGGUAAGAGUCUUCAGACACAUUGCCAAGGCCAGGAAGUUUAUUGCGAUAGUACUGUUCGUGGAUUUGGUGGCCGCCUUUUACUCGUUGUUGCGUCAGGCUGGGAUCCCGCUCAAAGGAACCGAGAACUACAUCGAUCAAGUUCUUGAUAAUGCACCUGCGCUGGCGCACCCGCUGCUGGAAGCUGUUCUAGCGGCGCCAGUGUUGGUCGACACCAGAGUUGACCAACACCUGGUGGCGCAAGUGAUUGAGGCCCAUCGGCUCACCCACUUCAGAAUGCCAGGGGAUACGCAAUGGAUUGUCUCGCAAAGGAGUUCCCGGGCUGGCAACCCACUAGCCGACUUCUUCUUCAAUGUCGUGUAUGCCCGACCACUGAGAGGAAUCAAAUUGGAUAUGCAACAGGCUGGUAUUGCCAUGGACCUCAAGGACUGUAUUGAUGUAUCCGAGCAGGUAUUUUCCCAAGGCCUCACAGUGGAGAACGACACGUUUACGGACUCCACCUUCGUUGAUGAUUCUGGUUUUUGCUCCCCAUGUUACGACCCCACAGCAGUGCGGGAUCAAGUCUCGUUGCUCGGCAGGAUCGUGAGGAAGCAUAUGUUGGGAUCUGGUUUUCAACUUCACUUCGGGAAGGGCAAGACGGCUGCGGUUAUCUCCUAUAAUGGCGAGGGUUCCCUGCAUGCGAAGAGGACCAUGGCCAGGUUCUCAGCCAUUGCGCUAGAUAGCACAUCGAACGAUCGUAUUGUCCUCGAGCAGGCUUACAAGCAUGUCGGUGGCAUCUACACUGGCGAUGGGAGCACAGCGCAGGAGGUUGCUAGAAGGAAGAACAAGCAUUCUAUGGCACUGAGGCCGCUUAGGGCAUCGGUCAUCAAGUACGAGAUUGACACAAAGGACAAGCUCAAGUACAUCGACGCGUUGUGCAGCACGCACUUGUUCUUUCAGGCGGAGACAUGGGACAAUAUUUCUGCAUCGUGCACGACCAAGUUGAACCAUGCAUUGCUAUCAGGGUACCGAGUGGGCACCAAGAAAUUGCACAGCCUGCUCACAGUCGGGCGUACGACAGACUCGGAAGUAUUAGCUAUCGCCAACAGGAUGGAGUUUGGUGAUAUUCUACGCUUCCGACGACUACGCUACGUAGCUCGGCUGGUGCACUCAG